AAAGAAGAUCCUCAGGACCCGCCGACUUAAAAGUUUGCCUAUCUCAAUUAGUAUAAAAGGAUUCUCCUUUUUUCUCUUCCACACACAACGAAACACACAAAUAAGUUUGGGCUGCGUACGUCUCUAAGAUCUUGAUUCCUUCAUCGGAGGUUCUGCUAUAUACAUUGCCUUAUCUGCAAUGGCAGAGGCUCAUGAAACUGACAAGAAUAUUGAGAUAUGGAAGAUAAAAAAGCUCAUAAAAGCACUUGAGGCUGCUCGUGGGAAUGGAACUAGCAUGAUUUCACUUAUUAUGCCCCCACGUGAUCAAAUUGCCCGUGUGAACAAGAUGCUUGGGGAUGAAUUUGGUACUGCAUCCAACAUUAAGAGCAGGGUUAACCGGCAAUCUGUUUUGGGUGCCAUUACAUCUGCUCAGCAGCGUUUGAAACUUUAUAACAAAGUACCUCCAAACGGCCUUGUGCUUUACACUGGAACCAUUGUGACAGAUGAUGGGAAGGAGAAAAAGGUCACCAUCGACUUUGAGCCUUUCAGGCCUAUCAAUGCUACUCUGUAUCUGUGUGAUAACAAGUUCCAUACCGAAGCUCUGAAUGAACUCUUGGAGUCUGAUGACAAGUUUGGUUUUAUUGUUAUGGAUGGUAAUGGGACCCUCUUUGGAACUUUGAGUGGCAACUCUAGAGAAGUCCUUCACAAGUUUACUGUUGAUCUACCUAAAAAGCAUGGAAGAGGAGGGCAGUCCGCACUUCGAUUUGCUCGUCUUCGCAUGGAGAAGCGCCACAACUAUGUAAGGAAAGCUGCUGAGCUUUCAACCCAGUACUUUAUAAAUCCUGCAACCAGCCAACCCAAUGUGUCAGGUCUGAUUCUUGCUGGAUCUGCUGACUUCAAGAACGAGCUCAGCCAGUCUGACAUGUUUGAUCCCCGACUUUCAUCUAAGGUUUUGAAUGUAGUGGAUGUCUCUUAUGGUGGUGAGGCCGGCUUUAACCAGGCAAUUGAGCUGUCAGCUGAAAUUCUAUCUAAUGUCAAGUUUAUCCAGGAAAAGAAGCUAAUAGGUAAGUAUUUCGAGGAGAUAAGUCAGGAUACUGGGAAGUAUGUUUUUGGGGUGGAUGACACUUUGAAAGUGCUCGAGAUGGGGGCCGUUGAGACUCUUAUUGUGUGGGAAAAUCUCGAUAUUACUAGGUUUGACUUAAAGAAUUCCACAACUGGUGAGGAGAUCAUCAAAUACUUGAACAAGGAGCAGGAAUCUGAUCAGAGUAACUUCCUGGACCCAGUUACAAAUUCAGUUUUGGAAGUCACUGAGAAGACUUUGCUACUGGAGUGGUUUGCAGAGGAGUACAGGAAGUUUGGUUGCAAUUUGGAGUUUGUCACUAACAAGUCGCAAGAGGGAUCUCAAUUUUGUAGAGGUUUUGGAGGGAUUGGAGGGAUUUUGCGGUACCAGGUCGACCUUCAAGCUUUUGAUGUCCUCAGUGACGAAGAAGUUUAUGAUGAUGAUUCUGAAUAGCAAUCAAUAGCCUUCUCUAAUGCUGGUGCAGAGGAAGAGAGCAUCAGGCUCAGCACCAGUGUGCAAGGGCUCUCGGGGUGUGUUCGUGGAACUCUUAUGCCUGAAAAGGUUUAAAUAUGAAGAUCUAUUAGUGAGUCAGGCGUGGAAGAAUUCAUUCCACUUGUUCGUCCGGAUGAAAGAACGAACAAAGAAUUAAAAGAUUUUGGAGCAGAGUUUGGAGGAACUUGCACUGCUGCGCCAUUUGAUCUUGAGAACCUGUUCCUCGGUGCUUUUCUAUAUGCGUAGGAAAGCAUCUGUUUGAAGUAUUCAUAUUAUCUAAUAAGUUGGAUUUCUUUUGAGUUUUCAGUUAGUUUGUUUGUGGUGGGUGUUGUUUUGAACUUUUUCGUACGUUGGCGACACUGUGUCCUGAAUCCUGCCUACUGCUAGGCGGAAUCAGUAAUCCUUGUUUGCUACUACUUUAUUUAGAGUUCGGAUUUGAAUAAAGCAGACUUCUGUUUGAAUAUUUUAUGGCCCUCUUUGUUUCUACAUUGUACCGAAAUAAAGACUUACAACGCUUGAAGCCUUGGAAACUAUGCGAUUGAUUGAAGUUAUU